CAUACAAAUUGAGUGCAUUAACGUUUUGCUGUUAAUGCCGUCGGCAGAAAUAUGUUGUUAUGUUUGCGUUUAGUUUUUUUUUAUUUCGUUCUCACUGUUUUAUGGAACAACGUUUUACCUCAUGACAGAAGAGCAAAAAAAGGCGAUCUAUUACGGCUAGGGUGGCCAGUGCUCUGCAGAUUUCAACCGCAGAGUGCCGACUGUUCCUUUAACGAAUCCGCCGAGGCAAGGUUCUACUUUGACAUAACAAUGAAAGAGUGCAUGACUUUUGAGUACAGUGAUUGCGUACCGAGUUAUAACAGAUUCAUAUCAUUAUCAGAGUGUAAUAGUUUUUGCCAUGAGAGUUACAGUAGAAGCAUAUUUAGAAACUACACAGCAAAUAUAUACUGUCGUUAUCAACCUGAGUUUGGAGACUGUAAUUCUUAUUAUCCAAUGUUUUACUUCGACAUAUCUGAGCGCAGGUGCAAAGGUUUCUCGUACAGCGGCUGUGGAGGGAAUAGGAACAAGUUUUCGAGCGCACGUUUGUGCAAAGCAGUUUGCAGUGGCGCUGUAAAGCACCCCAAACAUUAUCUUUUCAUGACGGAGUUUUAACAUGAUUCAUAUAAUUAAAAUUUAUUUAACUCGUUGUUUUCUUACCCAUACCCGCAUUUAAUCUUUAUACCACAAAUAGACUAGAGGGGGCAACUUAUGUA